CAUACAUAAAGACCAUACAGGAAGCCUCGUCUCUUCAGGCAGACGCACACCGUUCAGUAGGAAGACCUGGAAUUAACUUGCUGCUCUCAGAAGACUCUGGCUCAUUAAUUUUGGAGAGUAUCAUUUUCACGCAAACAUUUCUGACACAGAAAUCAAAGUAGGCACAAGUCAUUUCAAAUCAGCAAGAAGCCAAAGAACAUGGGGAACUGCCCCAUCAGAUGUCGAUCAAACAUGACAAUCCUUGAAAAUCCACCUGAACCUGCAUCAUCAGCUGCUGAGGACAGUAUGAUUGUAUCCCUCUAUAACUACCCGUCUUUUGGUCACACAGAAUUGACCAUGUGCUUUGGUGAAAGGCUCACCAUCAUAUCAGACGAUGGCGAUUUUAUGAUGGUGAGAUCAGCAACCACAGACCGUGACAGCUACAUUCCCACCAACUACACGGCCAAGGUGACACACAGGUGGCUGUUCACAGGGAUCAGCAGGUACAAAGCAGUGGAGCUGCUCAUGCAGUCCAAUAACCAGACUGGAGCCUUCUUGAUCCGAGAGUCAGAGACAAACAGAGAUUGUUUCUCGCUGUCCAUCCUGAGGAGAACCAACUCCUCAUACACAGCAGACAGUGUGAAGCACUACCGCAUCUCUCACCUCCAGAAUGGCUGGGUGUACAUAUCUCCAGGGCUCACCUUCCCCUCCCUGCAUCACCUGGUUGAACACUAUUCAGAGACUGCAGAUGGAUUGUGCUGUCGGCUGACUGUGCCUUGCUUCAUCCAGGGUGUAGAUAAUGCAAGAGAAGCCAGGCCUAUACCCACAACUAUCAGGAGGCCUACCAUCAACUGGAAAGACAUUAGCAGGUCUGUGAUCUUCAGGAGGAAGAGAACAGAAUCAGACAACACUCUGGUGAGUGAAGGGCUGAGGGAAGCCAUCAGCUCUUACCUCCAAAUGACAGAGGGCAAUGAUCACAGCUGGGACACUUGAGGAAAGCCAAUGCAUCAGUCUGAAACAGUGGAGUCUGAACAGACAGAGAGCGGCCAAAUACUGACCUGUCUCAUCUGAAGUUUGGGCAAGCCAAUGGAAGGGGUCUUUUGCGCGCCCCAAAUGAAGUCUUUGUACACUGCUCUACAGUGGCAGGAGGACUGGGACACUACAAUGCCUGGAGUUGUGACAUACUGUAUGUCAGCAAGAGACUAUUUGUGUAUCCUAAGAGGCGCACAGUGGAUCUGUGAGGUGAAAAUUGAUAGAGAGAGAGAGAUUUUUUUCUCAUUUAUGUUCAAGGGUUGAAUGUAUAAUUUAUAACCUAAUAUUUACAUGCUGUUUGAAUGCAAUAUUAUGUGUUAAUAUUACUGUGAUAUGAUUGUUAUCAUGGGUAUAUUAUUGGAAUCCAAUAAAUUACGUUCGCUACGUGAUAAACGAGCAAUACAAACAAAUAUAACCACCGAAUCACA